AUGUCCUCGUUUGCUGGAAACAUAUCGCAUCGGGAACCGCGCCAUGCGAGCUUCUUGUCCUUUGCAAAACCCCUUGAUUGCAAUUACAUCCAUCAACUGAAUAGUUCGGAGAAGUGUAACUUUGUCAAGACGACGGAGUCCUGCCGGGAAAAUGUGUUCUACUUUGACUAUACGUACUUCCUGUUCUGCACGAUCGGCGAAGAAGACAGGUGGCAGUUUGAUUUGGGAAUAGCCUUGUUGGUGUUCAUAUUAUUAAUUUUCUUUACUGUGCUGGCAACGACGGCUGAUCAGUUCUUCUGUCCGGUACUGGCCGUGAUAGCCAAGACUUUCAGAAUAAGCGAAAGCGUCGCUGGGGUAACGAUCUUGGCCUUCGGUAAUGGAUCACCGGACCUUUUCACUGCGAUUAACAAUCCCCACAGCGAUACUGAGCUGAUGUUCGGUGAACUGUUGGGAGCGGGGAUGUUCGUCAUUGGCGUCGUGGCCGGCACCAUCCUAAUAAUCAGGCCAUUUCAGCUCAACUCCGCCGCAAUAGUGCGGGAUGUGAUAUUCUUCAUCUUUUCCGUUGCGUGGAUCUCGGGUUGUGCAUUCGAUCAACGGUUUUCGCUGUCGGAUGCUAUCGUUGUAGUGGUGAUUUACGUAGUCUAUCUGAUCGUAGUUGUGAUUGAUUUCUUUGUGCUGAAGCACAGAUUUCAGGAAGCGGAAUCGCAAUUAUCGCUAACGGGAGAAAUUCCGGAUAGUGACUCUUACUACAAUGAGCUUCGUGGAGAAGCGGAGAUGGUCAUAAGAUCACCCACUGUGGGUUCGGAGCUUGACAUAUCCAAGACAAGAAUAAGCGUCUUUCAGAACGUGCAUCAACGACGGCCGCCACGAAAUCAUUAUCUUUUCAUAGAUUUUCUGGAACACAUCAGUCCUAUUGAUCGCGCCGAGUGGAACGGCAGCACCUGGUUCUGUAGGAUGUUGACCAUUUUGAAAGCUCCCGUGAUGUUCGUUUUGCUGUUGAUUAUUCCCAUCAUGGACUACACUGCCGAGCGGCAUGGUUGGACCAAACUGUUGAAUAUCCUGCACUGGUUGACGCUACCGAUGGUGACGCUGGGUGUGAGUGGGUCAUUCUUCGACACUGUGCUUAAUUGCCCUGCCUGGGCAUGGCUGUUGAUCUGUUCCUCUUCGUUGAUGACCGUACUUUUCUGCACAUCCAGAACAGAUCGACCUCCGCGGUACCACCUGGCAUAUGCACUGUUGGCUUUCGUUGGAUCAAUCCAGGUGAUCUACGUCGUGGCCCAAGAAGUGGUAUGUUUGCUCGUUACACUGGGACUUGUGCUGAAGCUUUCGAAAUCGAUGCUUGGCCUCUCGGUGCUGGCCUGGGGUAACAGCAUUGGAGAUCUAUUUUCAAACAUUACAUUGGCGAAUAGGGGUUACGGAAAAAUGGCUUUUGCUGCCUGUCUGGGAGGGCCUCUAUUCAAUCUUUGCCUAGGCCUUGGAAUCACUAUGAUUUUGAAGGCGUCAGCAGCGGUAGACAACGUGGCCUUUUCCCGCGAAGGAGCCUUGGGUGAAAAUUGCGAAUGGUUCCUCGUUCAGCUCUUGUACACACUCCUGUUUGUGCUGUUGUUGAGCGACUUCCAGGGUCGCCAAAGUACCGGCGUAGUCCUGAUCACCAUCUAUGUCAUAUUUUUCCUGUUUUGCCUGCUGGGAGAGCUGGAAGUGAUUCACCCGUUCGGGACGGAUCACUACGACGAAUAUGUAUAAUG